AUGAGGCCUUUCCACUUUCCAUGCAGCAGAAGCAGCAGCAAAUCACCCACAGAUAUACUUGGGUUUGCUCUUGUGAUAGUUCUAUGUUUAGCUUCUUCCACCAGCUCCUGCACAGAUCAGGACAAGGGCUUCCUCCUCCAGUUCCUUGCUGGCCUCUCGGAGGACGGCGGCCUCACCUUGUCAUGGCAGAAUGACACAAACUGCUGCACAUGGGAAGGGAUAACCUGCAGCACCGAUGAGAUGAUAAAGGAAAUUUUGCUGGCUUCUAAGGGCCUUGAAGGGCACAUCUCGCAGUCCCUUGGCAAUCUCACUGGCCUGCUGCACCUCAACCUGUCCCAUAAUUCACUGUCCGGUGAACUUCCACUGGAGGAGUUGGUGUCGUCGAGCAGCAUCACCAUCCUUGAUGUCAGCUUCAACCGCUUGAGUGGAGCUCUGCAAGAGCUCUCAGUUCAAACAACUGUCCAGCAUUUGCAGGUACUGAACAUCUCAAGCAACUUGUUUACAGGGAAAUUUCCAGUGACCACAUGGAAGGUGAUGAAGAAUCUGGUGGCUCUUAAUGCCAGCAACAACAGCUUUAUAGGACCGAUACCAAAUUCUUUGUGCAUCAAUGCACCCUCCUUCGCUGUGCUUGAUCUCUCUUUCAAUCAAUUUGUUGGCAGCAUACCCCUAGACAUAGGCAACUGCUCCAUGCUUAGAGUGCUCAAGGGAGGCCACAACAAUUUCAGUGGUGCAAUCCCUGAUGAACUAUUCAACUGUUCAUCCAAACUGUCUAUCCUUGAUCUUGAACAGAAUAUGUUUAGUGGCGAAAUACCCAAGUCCAUAGGUCAGCUGAAGAGAUUGGAAGAACUCCACUUGGGCCACAAUGAAAUGUAUGGGGAGCUGCCAUCAAGUCUAGGCAACUGCACAAAUCUCAAAAUUCUCGAUCUCAAGAUUAACCACCUGAGUGGAGACCUUGGGAAGAUCAACUUUUCCAGCCUAUCUAAUCUAACGACAGUUGAUCUUCUCUGGAACAACUUCAGUGGUACAAUUCCAGAAAGCAUUUAUGAAUGCACCAAUUUGUAUGCGCUGCGACUUUCGGGGAACGACUUCCAUGGUGAGUUCUCACCAAGUAUGCACAGAUUGAAGUCUCUUUCCUUUCUAUCAGCUGGUCUUUGUGCCUUUUCUAAUAUCAGAAAUGCUCUUCACAUCUUCAAGAGCUUGAGAAACUUAACAGUACUACUUAUCGGAGGGAGCUUCAUGCAUGAGGUUUUGCACGAAGAUGAAGCGAUUGAUGGUUUUGAAAAUCUACAACAUCUGGAUAUAGGUAACUCCAUGCUAUUUGGAAAAUUUCCUAUGUGGUUAUCAAAGGUCACAAAUUUGGAGGUUUUGGGUUUAUGCAAUAAUCAAUUAACUGGACCAGUGCCUGUAUGGAUAAAGAACCUCAACUUCCUCUUCAGUCUAGAUAUAUCAAAUAAUAGCUUCACAGGGGAAAUUCUAACAACACUGAUACAAUUGCCAGCGCUUAAUUCAGGGAGCAAGGUAUCCCCUCUGGAUACAAAGCCUCCUGAAUUAACUAUUUAUGGGGAUUCAAGGCGUCAAUACUUGACGCAACGAGCACUGCUAAAUAUAUCUGGAAAUGGCUUUACAGGUGUGAUCCCUCCAGAGAUUGGUCAGCUGAAGUCACUUGAUAUUGCACUUGACUUGAGCUUUAAUAGCAUCUCUGGGGAGAUCCCACAAGCAAUCUGCAACCUCACCAACCUGGACAUGCUAGACUUGUCCAACAACAAUCUAACAGGCACAAUCCCUUUGCAACUUAACAAGCUCCACUUCCUUUCUGCAUUCAAUGUUUCCAACAAUGACCUGGAAGGCCCUAUUCCAACUGGAGGGCAGUUUGAUACAUUUGAUAGCUCAAGCUUCAUUGGUAAUCCAAAGCUAUGCGGUCCUGUGGUCAGGCGACGGUGCAAUUCAGCAAAAGCAGUUCCUGUCCCUACUCUAUCGACCAGUCGAUUCAGCGGUCGAUUCAGUGACAAGGUUGUCUUUGGCAUUGCAUUUGGCAUGUUCUUUGCAGUUGGUGUGUUGUUAGAUCAGAUACUAUUAUCAAAGCUAACAUUUCUUCAAUUCUGAGAUAAUUAUAAAGUUAGUCUGAGGGUGUCACCUUACAGUUCCUGGCAAGACGCUUCGUUGAAUCUAGUGAUGCUGGUCUCCUGGAUGCUUUGGAAGGAGAGGAACGCAAUAGUGUUCAACCAAGUCAGUUGUUCAUCAGGGAGGCUCUUUUGGGGAUCAGGAUCUCAAAGAGGAAAUUGCAGUGGAGAAGGUGGUAGAUUUCUUCAGAGUUCCUAAGGGUAUUGGCCAGUAUUCCGGCUGAAACCAGCCUUUGUUCAGUCAGCUCCCUUGACAAUUGUUUGUUUGUUUUUGGUUCUUGUUGUUAAAUAUUUUACUUGUAAAUUCCCUACUUAAUGAAAUUUGGAUGGCAUUUCUUCAGCCAUCCCAACAAAAAAACUAAAAAAGAUAAAGUUAA